UAUUUGUCAUCAAUUGUUGUGCAUUAGGCGUGGACUUGUUUGCUAAUAAAUUUGUUUGUACAAUUAGUAUUUUUGGUGAUUAAAACACGUCGAACGCAAUUGCUUCAGAAUGAAUUUAUUGAAAAGCAUCGUUUGUGCAAUAUUAUUUGCAUCUUUAAUAUCAUCGUGUACUGCGCUGGAAUGUUACGUGUGCUCGAAUCAAACGGAAAACACUGAAAAGUGCUUGAAUACCAUUAAAACGUGUGAACAAGGUGAAGAUGUCUGCCUCACAGAGAUUCGAUGGGGCUCUCAACCGUACUUUACUCAAGGUGCCCUGAAGCAGUACUACGUUUCGAAAAGGUGUUCAACGAAAAAACUGUGCACAACAAUCCGUCGAAAGUAUAUGCCUUAUUGCACACACAUUUGGUAUGAAGAUUGGACUUGCUCGGAAUGUUGUCAGGGCGACAGGUGUAACUACUAUGUCAUUAGUGGUUCUGAGCGACUAUCCUACUUCCUAUGGUACAUCACAGCGGCAUUUACACUGAUUGCAUACCCGAUCCUCUCACUGUAAACGCCACAAAAAAGCAUCUCAUCGACAAAUGUUUACCAUAAACACGAAAAAAUUAGCACUCCAAACAUGUUGUGGUCAAAUCGAUUCAUUUUUAUUUUGUAAGAUCGUCAGAAAAAAAAGUCACAAUAAUGUGCCUUAAAAUUGUACCGUUUUUUUCCAUAUUGUAAAUCACAACAUGUAAUUUACUUAGAGUUAACGUUUAAAAAAAAAAAAUUGUAAAAUGAUCUGUAAUAACGUUCCGUCCAAAAGCGAUAAAAAACAGAGAAUUUUUUGUUCGUAGUUUUUAUCAAUAUGUGUGUUUUUUGAUAAGAUUUUUUUUUAUUCAAGUGAAAUAAAUCAAAAUAUUUCUGUGGAAACGACAAAAAAUAACA